UUGAAGGACUCUCGUACUAAUAUGAAGCGCACAGAGCCAUCUUCACCCGGACCGAUACCAGGGGACAAUGGGAAAUAUAACAUGGAUUUCCAACGAGUGUCGGUCCACGGAAUACAUACAACCGGAGUGCCUCUGGAAGAGCUGUCAGCUGCAGCGUCUUUCUUAACAGAGGCUUUAGACCUACGUCGCCGCUACAUGGAAGUCUCCAACCAAUCUUUCCCACUCGAUCUCGCCAGCUUCCUUUCUGCUCACAAGACGUCCAGCAGUUCUCGCUACCACCUCUCUCCAAACAUCGUCAAAGCAAUGAAAGAAUGGGAUUAUGGCGCAGUCGACAUGUAUCUACAAAUGGCACCACCUUCUAACGAUAACCUGGCAUACCAGUUCGACGAUACACCGAGCAAGUGGUCUCCGAGCACGAUAUCCAUGGCUCACGAAAUGGCCAGUGCAGGCCCUGACAAAAUGUCAAGCAAUGUGAAGGUAUCUCUUGAGAGUCAAGAAGACACCGAGGCUAACUUACAGGAGAACCCAGACCCGUGGUCGUGUGUCGUACCUCCAGACAAGAAUUACGUAUACCGUUGGCAUAGCGGUGUGGUGCGCAUAUACCGCAACGAAAACGACGUGCAGGCGUCUCAAGCAAUGAACUAUCAAUGUGUACCCUUCAGCCAGUAUGUGGAGGACCUAAAUAAGCUAGGCGCGAUGAAUGUUAAUGGACCUUUAAAAUCAUUUUGUUUCCGGCGCCUGAGCUAUCUCUUCUCAAAAUUCAAGAUGCACGUGUUGCUCAAUGAGAUCCACGAGUUGGCGCUGCAGAAAGCCGUGCCUCACAGAGACUUCUAUAAUAUUAGGAAGGUGGACACACACAUCCACGCGGCAUCGUGUAUGACGCAGAAGCACUUGGUGCGGUUCAUGAAGCGAGCACUGCGGGAGCGUGCUGGUGAGCGAGUAGCGAUGCGCGGCGGCCGAGCACGCACGCUGCGCUCGCUGUUCCGAGACAUGCGCCUCGACGCGCACGACCUCAACGUGGACCUGCUCGACGUGCACGCGGAUCGCAACACGUUCCAUCGCUUCGACAAGUUCAACGCGAAGUAUAAUCCGGUGGGCGAAAGUGUGUUGCGUGAGGUGUUCCUCAAGACUGACAAUUAUAUGAACGGCGAGUAUUUUGCUACAAUAAUCAAGGAGGUGAUAGCGGAUUUGGCGGAUAGCAAGUACACGUACGUGGAGCCGCGCCUGUCUAUCUACUGCAAGCGUGCGGACGAGUGGAGCCGGCUGGCGAGCUGGGCCAUACGCCACGAGAUGCACUCGCCGCAUGUUCGGUGGCUGGUGCAGGUGCCCAGGCUCUACGAUAUAUACCGCAACAAGAGGCUGCUGAAGAACUUCCAGGAGUUCCUCAACAAUCUGUUCGAUCCGCUCUUCCAGGUGUCCAUUGAUCCCAGCACAAAUAUAGAGCUGCACAAGUUUCUCACGCACGUGAUCGGCUUCGAUAGCGUGGACGACGAGUCGAAGCCCGAGAACCCGUACCCAAACGAGACCAUGAAGCGGCCAGACAAGUGGGACGACGAGGAGAACCCGCCCUAUGCGUACUAUCUGUACUACAUGUACGCCAACAUGACCGUGCUCAAUCAGAUACGCAAGGAGCAGGGCCUUAACACGUUCGUACUGCGACCGCACUGCGGCGAGGCGGGACCGAAUGCACACCUCAGCGCCGGCUUCCUACUGGCGCAGAACAUAUCGCAUGGGCUCAUGCUGAGAAAGUUCCCGGUGCUGCAGUACUUGUACUACCUGGCGCAGAUCUACAUCGCGAUGUCGCCACUGAGCAACAACUCUCUUUUCUUGCGUUACCAUCGCAACCCGCUGCCGGAUUUCUUCGCACGGGGACUUUGCGUCACGCUUAGUACUGACGAUCCAUUACAAUUUCAUUAUACAAGGGAACCAUUGAUGGAGGAGUACAGUAUAGCGGCACAAGCGUGGAAGUUGAGUUCUUGCGACAUGUGCGAGCUGGCGCGCAACUCUGUGCUCAUGUCUGGGUUCCCGCACGAGAUGAAGCAGCGGUGGCUGGGCGCUGCGUACGCGCGGGCGGGCCCGGCGGGCAACGACAUGGCGCGCACCAACGUGCCCGCCGUGCGCCUCGCCUACAGGCACGAGACGCUGCUGCACGAGAUGCGCAACCUCUUCGCGGUUAGCGCACGCUUGCCUUCACUUUCAACACUUUUUAAAGUGAAUACUUCUUUAUGCCUCCUCUACACUACUCGCGAAGUAACUUUGACGAAGUGCUCAUCGACGUCGAUCGCAGUCCGAAGAACGUGA